UAAGCCAUUAGAGGCAAAUCUGUUUUCAUUACACAAAAGAUGCGUGUAAAAACACAGCCUUGUGGGUCUUUCAUCACCGUUCACGCACGAAUGACUCCAAUGUCGUAGCGACAAAGCAAAGCAAUAUAACCACGUGCCGGAAGUAGAUCACACGACUCUUUGUUCAAGCGAUGAAUGCGGGGUUUGCCCAUGGCGUAUAAAUAACGAAGCAAGAGCGGAAAAUUUAGUCAUUUCAAACUCGUUACCGCGACGUGUCGAAUUCUGGCAAAUUCACAAAAGAUUUUCGACGGAAAGGGAAUCGUUUAGAUCGACAGAAGAUUCAGGGGUAAAUGUGUGUUUAGUUCAACGCUGAAAUUGUAACAAAAUCAUCAAGAUAUCACAUCGCGUGUUGUGUCGUCGACAACAUUCUCGUGGGCUCAUCGUAUAUUGUCCUAAACGCUCGUCACGAAUGAAAGUGUAAACGCAAACACUCUUCGUUUCGUUUUGAAAAUAACACAACGGUCUUCAAGCGACGUUUAGUUUCGCUUUUCGUGAACAAGUUGGCUUGCCUAAACGAAAGACGAACGGCACGUUAUUUGCCAUAUAGAAUGGGCGCCAGAAUUUCAUCAACAAAGCGAUCAAACAUGGACGCGACUGAUAGCCGAAUACAAAGAUACAAGAACAUAAGCGUUGUCACCGUGCCUUCAAAGCCCAGCCCGACAGCGCACGCUAGACCAGAGAAAUUGGACAUUAUUUUAGACCGACCAAAACUGACAGACGAGAUAACUAGGACACACGCAUGGAACCCAGAGGACAAGUCCGCAAAUGUCUUCAUAAAGGAGGACAAUCCUUACGUUCUUCAUCGUCAUCCAGUUGCGCAAAGCACGGACUGUGUGAGAGGUAAAGUUGGCUAUAAGAGAGGUUUUCACGUAUGGGAGGUUCGCUGGCCAACGAGGCAACGCGGUACGCACGCUGUUAUAGGGAUUGCGACGUCUAAAGCCCCGUUACAAUGUACCGGGUACCAGACAUUAGUUGGAAACAACCCAGAGAGCUGGGGUUGGGAUAUCGGACGAAAUAAACUUUACCACGACGAGAAGAACAUCUCAAAAAUAAGCUACCCCGAUACGAACGAUAAUUUCACGACACCUGAGUGUGUUCGAGUCAUUUUAGACAUGGAAGAAGGGACUUUGUCAUUCGAGGCGAACGAACAGUACUACGGCAUCGCAUUUCGUGGCCUGAAAGGGAAGACAGUGUAUCCUAUUGUUUCGGCCGUCUGGGGCCAUUGUGAAGUCGAUAUGAAAUACAUGGGAGGCUUAGAUCCUGAACCUCAGCCAUUGAUGGAAUUGUGUCGAAGAAGCAUACGAAAGUCCAUGGGAAAGCAGAGGCUUCUCAAAGGCCAAGACAAUGUUGAAAAAUUGCCGAUACCUGGUUGUUUAAAGAGGUAUAUCCAGUAUCAAUGGUAAUACAACCAUGGAAACAUUUACCCUCUUUGCUCCUCAUGCCACUGGAAGAGACUUUGAUACCCUGAAAACACAAAUGAAGUAUUUAUUUCCCAUGAAAAAUGAACACAUAGGACACAGUUCAAUGGUGAAAAUGAGACAUAUUCCCAAAUACUGUAAGACAUUUUAUAAAUCAGCAAGCAAUCAUAUGCCUGACUAGAGCCAAGUUCUGUC